AACUCAUAGGAAAUCAACUGAAAGUACCCUAUAGGUUUUGAUCUACCCGAAUUGACAGUCAGACAACGAAGAGAUCCUAACUAUAAGAGUCCCUUUUUCCGUUUGAGGUACGGAACCCUAAAAAUGAUCAUUUAGCUAUUUCUAAUGGGGUAAGCAGUGGUUAUAUACCUCUUUAUCAUGCAGGCCACGGAAAGUGAUCAAUUUUGUACAAAAAUAAAUUUUCAACUUUCAGGCUCCCCGCCAGAGACAGAUAGGCAGAUUCCAGCUGCUGUGGAACAAAAUCUCCGUUGCCAUUUUUGCCAUAGACAAUAUAAACGCAAAGCUGCUUUUUUAAAACACAUAGAGUUUCACAAACUUUUUUCUUGUGGCCAGUGCCCCACUAAAUUUAAAAUAAAAAGUUCAUUCAACUCUCAUGUAAGGGAACACAUGGACAAACUUUUUUACUGCAAUCUAUGCCCGGCUAAAUUUACACUAAUAGGCUCUCUCCCAGUGACAGGUAGGCAGAGCCACCGCGGUAGAGCUGCUAAGCAACAAAGUCUUCACACUUGCCAUGUUUGCGCAAAACAAUGGAAGUACAAAAGUGCUCUAGCCACGCACAUGAGGACUCACACUGGUGAAAAACCAUAUUCCUGUGAACUAUGCCAGGCUAGAUUUGUACAGAAAUAUCACUUGAUCAACCACAUGAAAACCCACAGUGGCCUGAAACCUUACAUUUGCGACAUAUGCCAAGCCAACUUCGCAUCCAAACAUCACCUUAUUCCUCACAUACGAACGCACACAGGUGACAAACCUUUUCCUUGCGACCUUUGCCAAGCUAAAUUCACAAGAAAAAGCACUUUAGUUACCCACGUGAGAACCCACACAGGUGAAAAACCGUUUGCCUGUGAGCUAUGCCCGGCUAAGUUUACCCAAACAAGCACCUUAGCUUCACAUAUGAAGAUUCACAUUCGCGACAAUUCUCUAACUUUUAAUCCACGUCUAGCUAAAUUCGCAAAAAAAAAUACUUCAAUAAACACUGGUAAAAAACAUUUCUCCUGUGGUCUGUGUGAGGCGAAAUUUGUGCAAAAGUGUUCCUUAACCACUCACAUGAGAACUCACACGGGUGAAAAACCGUUCGCCUGUGAAAUUUGUCAGGCGAGGUUCUCCCAAAAAUGCACUUUGAAUAAGCAUAAGAGAAUUCACACUGGUGAAAAACCUUAUCCUUGCGAGCUUUGUCAUAGAAAAUUCGCACAAAAGUGUAAUUUGAAAAUGCAUAUGAGGACUCACACUGGUGAAAAACCAUAUUUUUGUGCGAUGUGCGACGCUAAAUUUACAAGAAAAGAACAUGUGAUUACACAUAUGAGGACUCACGCUGGUGAGAAAGCUUAGUUUUGGUAAUUUAAACGCAUAUGGAGGACUCACACGGGUGAAAAACCAUAUUUAUGUGCGACGCUAAAAUUACAAGAAAAGAACAUGUAA